CGGGAAAAUACCCUUACAUCCCCGAGUCCCAAUCGAAAUACUCAUUUUACAAGUGGAAAGAAAGAACCCUAAAACUAAUCCCGAAGCCCAAUUCUACUGCUAUAUUCCGCAAUCGUGACUACUUUAUCUCCCAAUUCCACCCCUAAAACCAACCAUCUAAUUGUUCUUAUCCAAGUUAUUUAUUCUUUUUUUAUUUUUCAUUCUAUUCGCAACCUCGGCUUCCGUCUCACUCUAACAAAAGGUGCUUUUUUUAGUGUUCAUAUUAUCACCCAAAUUUAUUUAUUUCUGGUGAAGUAUCGUGAGGAUUUCGGUUGCACAGUGGAUUGAGUUUCUUGCCCCCUCCCCCUUUAUAAUAGUUUCACGUAAUUCUGCUUGAAGGGAAUUAGGAAAUGUCUGACGUUUUUGACGAUGACGCUGAUGCUGAGCCCACGAUAUCGAUUGGGGAUUACCUGAAAUCGGUUGAAGAAGAGGAGCUGGAGUUACUGGUAAUCCUUUUGUGUAUUAAAUAGUGGAGGCAGCAGAACUUGUUGCUGAGAUGUUGUUUUUCCCAAUUCAUGGAAGCGGAUUUAAUUCUGGGAGGUGAUGAGGGCAAGGAGUGUACCUACGGAAAAGGGUAUGUUAAAAGACAGGCAAUUUUCUCAUGUUUAACCUGCACACCUGAUGGUAAUGCUGGGGUCUGCACAGCGUGUUCCUUGGUUUGCCAUGAUGGCCAUGAGAUUCUGGAACUAUGGACCAAAAGAAAUUUCAGAUGUGAUUGUGGAAAUUCAAAAUUUGGGGAGUUCUUCUGCAAGCUUUUAGCCAGCAAAGAUGUAGAGAAUCCAGAGAACACGUACAACCACAAUUUCAAAGGUGCUUACUGCACAUGUGAUCUGCCUUACCCCGAUCCUAGUGUUGAAGAACAAGUUGAGAUGAUUCAGUGUUGUAUAUGUGAGGACUGGUUUCAUGAGGAGCAUAUCGGUCUUCAGUCUGGUGACAAGAUCCCGAGAGAUGAGGAAGGCGAGCCACUGUAUGAGGAUUUUAUCUGCCAAGGUUGUGCAGUCGUCUGUUCUUUUCUUACUUGCUAUUCUCAAAUCAUUUCAGUAUCAGAUCCUUCAGAUACUGGGAAGAAAAAGGCUGUUGAAAACUCUAAUUUGAUAUCGUCAGACAAACCUGAUGACGACAAUGGCUCCAUUAGCAAUACAAACUCUUGUAUUGUUCCUGUAGAAGCUGAUGCAGAAGCUGUAACUAAAGAAUGCAAUGAAGUUGCUGGCCCGAGUACCAAGUGUAUUAUUGGAGGCAUAAUAGACCAUCUCCCAGCUACUGAGAAUACCAAGCCCUUGUUUCUUUCUAAAGGUUGGAGAGAGUUCCUCUGUAGGUGUGGGAAGUGUUCAGACUUGUAUGCCCAGAGGCAAAUCAGCUUCUUGCUCGACACAGAGGACUCGAUUGCUGAGUAUGAAAAAAUGGGAGAGCAGAAAAGGAAUGAGAAUAUUCAGAAACAAGAGGGUGCUGAAUUGAACUUUCUGAAUAAUCUGGGCCAUGUUGAGAAGAUGGAAAUACUAAGCGGAAUUGCUGACAUGAAGAAUGAGAUUUUCUCCUUCCUGGAAUCGUCGGACCCCUCAAAGACUAUCACGACUGCAGAUAUCCAGCAGGUUUUUGAGAAUCUUGCCAAGAAGAGAAAGCGUUCUGAUUAAGUUAUGAAGCAUAGUUGUGAUAAGUGGUAGUGUAAAUUUAUCAAUCUGUAGUUGCUGUUGGGAGCUAAUUUCUAGAGAAAUGUGCGCUUGCUGAGUAUGUGGUUAUACUGCUCUAUGCAUGUGAGUCCUUGACUUGGGUUAUAGAUUAUGUAUGUUAGUUAUAUAGUUAAUGAAAACCUUUUAACUCUCUCUCUCUCUGGAUCUUGUCAUUCCUGUAAACUUUUACUUCCAUUUUGAGGUAAAUGGAGAGUGGAAUUUGAUGUAUUUGUAUUCGCAGCUGCAUAAAUGUUGAGAAUUAGUUGAAACA